AUGGAAGACGGUCGUAGAGGAUCUUCUUCAACAUCACAAUCACGCAAGAUCAUGGUGAUCGCUGAUCCGACCCGUGAAUCUGCAGCCGCUCUUCAAUACGCUCUUUCACACGCCGUCCUCGAGCAAGACGAGCUUAUCCUUGUCCAUGUUGAAAACAAUGGUGCCUCCUGGAAAAAUGCUUUCUCAAGUUUCUUGAGAUUACCAAGUUCUAUAUCCUCCUCCUCCUCUAGCAGUGGCUCCUCUCCCGGUGGUGCUAAUUAUGCUAACGCAACCGCUUCUGCCGCCGCAAACGCUGCUUCCCCCUUAGCCUCUGAGAUUGGUCAAGGAGAUGGUAAUUUCUUGGAACAGAUGAAACGGAUAUGCGAAAUCGCUCAACCAAAAGUGCGUGUCCACACCGAGUAUAUAUCCAUGGAUGGUGUCAAAGCUACAGCUAUUCUUCUUCAUGGAGAAAAACUUGGUAUCGAUGUUAUCAUCAUAGGCCAACGCCGGACAAUCUCAUCCUCUCUUCUAGGAACUAGGCGGCCUGGAGGGUCUUUAAGAGGAGCAAAAGGAGUAGACACAGCGGAAUAUCUAAUCGAGAAUAGUAAGUGCACUUGUGUUGGCGUAACGAAGAAAGGUCAAAAUGGAGGCUAUGUUCUAAACACCAAGACCCAUAAGAACUUCUGGCUCUUGGCAUGA